ACCGCAAGAAAAGCGGGACAGUUUUUAGAUGACGCGCCCUUAUAUUACUUUACUAGUGCGGAAAUAGCCUCGUAUUAAUUGAAAUUUUAACAGUUUAUUAUUUUUCAUCAAUUGCUGUAUGUUUCUUUAACAGUGUUAAUUAUUUACGUUAUAACGUUUCAUAAAAAACUUGUCUAUAAAUUACUGUUAACAACUAAAGAAAUUUUUUGCGAUUGAUAAUGAUUCUCAUCGAUUUUAGACAUAAAACUGAGAGACGUUAUUAUAAUUUGCGGAUUUAAUAAUGAGAACAAGAAUGUUAAAAAGUCGAGUAUCUUUCUAAAGUGGUUAGAACCUCAACAUUGUGGAGAGAAGCCUAUAAUGACAGUGUAAUUCACAAUGUGAAGAGUCUAAUGCUUAAAGUGGUUAUGAAAGAGACAAAAGAACCAGGUUGCUCAUCAAGGAGCAUAUUAUUCCCUGAUGCCUCUAAUGAUGAUAUUAAAACAAGCAAAACAGAUUCUUAACACAUUAUCAAGCUAAUUUGAGUCUUCAAAAUGGGAAACGGUAUGAAUAAGGUUCUACCAGGUCUAUAUGUUGGCAAUUAUCGAGACAGUAAAGAUGAAGCGCAAUUGAAACGAUUUGAAAUCACGCACAUAUUGGCAAUACAUGAUGCAGCACGGCGACUUCAUUCCGACAAACACUAUCUCUGUAUUUUAGCAGCCGAUACACCCGAUCAAAAUCUCACUCAAUAUUUCUCUCUUUGCAAUGACUUCAUUCACGCAGCUCGUCUUCGGGGUGGUAACGUCCUGAUACAUUGUCUAGCAGGAAUGUCAAGAAGUGUGACAGUUGCGGUUGCUUAUAUCAUGAGUAUCACAAAUCUUUCGUGGAAAGAAGCACUCAAAGUAGUAAGAGUAGGUCGAGCUGUCGCAAAUCCUAAUGUUGGAUUCCAACAACAACUACAAGACUUCGAAUCGACUCGUUUAGCCGAUGAACGGAAGAGAUUGAGAGAACGAUUUCCAAGUCUUGCAUUAACAGCAUCCGAUGCAGAACUUUGCAGAGCAACUCUCCGAAACUACGAAACACUAGCAAUGGCUAGAGAAGUUUGUGAAGGAAAGUGUGCGAUGGGUAGACCAUGCCCCAGUGGAAUGUGUAGACAACCUUCUAAAAGGACAUUAAGACGAAAAUCAUCAACUAGCAGUACUGGUAGUUCUGGUUCUGGAAGAACACCCCCGCAAACUCCUCGACUUUUACCAUCAGCACCACCUUCACCAGCCCUACCGCGAUCAGCUAGUGUUGUUUCAGCAAACAUUAGACCUAGAAGUGGACCUGCCGGAUUGCAUUCAUACACUGGUUCUGCGCCUCCAUCUCGGGCUGUAUCAAGAGUUGAUCUAUCGGCGGCUGUUGCUUGCAGUAGUGGUAGUAGCUUAAGUUUGACGACAGUAGGAAGAACUACUCCAAUGGCUCCAACUAGAAGUACUAAUUACCAUAACCGACUAUCAGCUGGAUCAGCACCAGUAACACCCAGAACAACUCCUCCAAUAUCUCCUCAACAUUGGCCCCGACGACAAACUCCUCAAUUACCAGUUCCCCCAGAAUCUUCAUCAUCAGUGACGUAACGACGUGACAGCUUCGGAAAAAUAUUGAUGACAUAAUAGUUUUAAUAUUUAAUGUAAUUACAUUAUUUUACAGUGAAUUUUAUCCAUGUUUUAAAUUCAUGAUACUCAAAAAAGAUUUUACCGAGUACAUUAUUGUUUAUAUAGUGUCAGCUCAAUUUGGUCGCCGCUGCAACCUUGACGAUAAUUCGAAUUGACUUUUAUUAAAACUUGAAAGCUUCAACGAUAACCUUUGUUUACUUGAAAAAACGCUCACUGUCUAUUGGAAAUGAUACUGAAAUCAAAAGACACUUGACCAUUUUUUGAUUUUAGUUAAAAAAUAAAUUAAGACUCGGAAAAUAUAUCAAAUAUUGUAUUCAGUUCUUUUUUUUUUUUUAAUUUUUCUACGUGUGGUAUUUUUAAAAAAUUUUCUUUAUGAUAAUUUAGUUGUUAAAAAAAUUCUCAAAUAUCUCAAUUUCAGUAUCAUCAUUGGAAAUAUAAUUUUUGUUAAUGUACCUGAUAUAUUUCUAAAAAGCAAAGCGGUUUUUUGUUUUGGUAUUUUAAUGGUCAAAUUUUAAAUAUUGAAAUAGUGAACGCUAUUCAACGUGGGUGCAUAUAACCAUUUAAUUGUUAUUUAGAUAAUAACUAGUUGUUAUUUGUAAUAGGUAGGUAUUUAAUUAUUGAAAUUAAUGAUCUCAGUAACAGAUCGAAAUCAAGGUAAAUGGGUGUAUCAAUUAAUAUAUACAACGUUAUGAGUAUAAUGUUGCUAAAAACUGUGUGCAAACAUAAUGAUAAACGAUUUACAACAUGACCGUCCAAAAGUUUGUUGGUUUUUUUGAUGUAUUAUAGUAAGGAAAGCUGUUGUUAUACACAAUAAAAGUAUAAAUUUGUUGAAACAGAUUUGUGAAAAUUUUACAACUCGAAAAAUUGAAACAUACAGUGAAUAU